UUAUGCUGUCCAUUAAUGUUGAAAUCAAAACAAAAGACAGAGAGUCAAGCUCAAAAUCCUCCCACUGACAAACAGAAAACACUCCCUCUUAGUUUUUAUCCUACAUCAGCUGAAACGGCGUUAACCACACUUGCCAAAGCUCUCAGAUCUCUGAGUCAAUGCAAACAAGUUGACCAAAGCCUCAUAAGAAGAGAAUCAAUGUCUGCAAAAGAUCUGAUCAAUGUCACCUCCAACCACACUGAUUCCUCCAGCUACCCCAGCGAGGGCAUGCGUGUGCUGCAGAUGAUCGUGACCGUGAUGAUCUUCAUUGUGGGCGUUUCUCUAAACGGUCUGGUGGUCUGGGCAUUGGGGGUUCGAGUUUGGUGCCACAACAGAAGAGCUGCCGGUGAGACACAGAGUGCCGACAGCUUCCGGAUCUAUGUGGUGAACCUGGCACUUGCUGACUUGGUGCUGUUGUUACGUACGCCACUGAUGCUGCCCUACUUGGUGAACCACUUCAAUUGGACAUUGGGGGAACCUGUAUGCAAGCUGGUGAUUUAUUUGCGAUGCCUUGGAUUGUAUGCGAGUGCGUUCUUGCUGUGUGCUGUCGCAGUGGAGCGCUGCUUGUGUCUCCUUAGACCAGUUUGGGCUCGAAUGAAACGCCCUCGUUGGGCUGUACCUCUGGCCUGCAUCUCAAUAUGGGUGUUAGCAGCUUUGUUCGCUGCACCCUACAUCAACACAGCCAAAGUCAAUUACAGUGGGGGUCGCAACAACUGUAGAGAAAGCAAUUUGGAAGCAGGACAAGCCUUAGUUGUGUUGGAGACUGUGGCAGGAUUCUUGUUACCUCUAGUGAUCUUCUUGUCAUGCAAUAUUGCAGUAAUUUUUUGUGCAAAGAAGGCUGAGAGCGCAGUGUCUUCACCUACCUCAUCAUCUGGACCGGGUUACACAUCCCAUCGUCUGACCCGUCUCUAUCGCGUACUCUUCCUCACCAUGCUCCUCUUCCUCACGUGCUGGGUGCCGUACUUCACCUGCCGCUUUUUGAGGGCCCUCUCACACAAUCGUCCAGAUUGGAAGAAGUUAGAAAAUGGAGCAAUCGGAGCUGCAUAUGUGGCACUGUUUCUGGUUUACAUAAAAAGUGCACUCAACCCAGUCCUGUACGUGUUCGCAGCUCGUGGACUCGGCCGCACGGUUCGUGCCUCACUUUUCUCAACAAUUGAGCGAGUCUUCAAUGAGGAAUUAUCAGAGUCUUUACGAAGAAAGUCCUUACGAAGGAAAGACUCUCAGUUUUAGUGGUGCUUGAAGAUUGUAAAAUACUGAUCUGCAGAAGACUGAAACCAACAUCUGCGAUCUAGUUUCCAGAUCUGCUUGUUAGACAAAUAAUGAACAUUGACUAAAAGCAGAAAACACAUACAAUAUAAAUCUCUACACAAGAAGAGAUUAACAGACUUCAUUUGAUGGACAUAAAAACAUUUCCCAAGAUCCAUCCUAUUAUUGAUAUGAUUGUUUUAUUCUUGGAUUUAACUGUGAAGCAUUUUGUAGCACUUUUAUUUUAGGAACUUUACAACAAAUGAAAGGCAUUCCUUCCUUUGACUAAAGGCUGGUCAUUACAGGCUUAAAUUAAGCAUAAAGUGUGUUCUCUUAACAUCUUAUGUAGUAGAAAUGAGCCCUACAUAAAUUUUUUUUUCACCCAGAUCAAUACCCAGUUAAAAGAAACCAAACAUGAAAGAUUAAGAAGUUGAUCAGUUUACCAUUUAGAAUCUUUACAGACAGCAGAAAGGUUCCCAUUAAUGAUAAAUCUUAAAAUGAAAAUUAAAUUCCAGUGCUUAUCUUGAUAUUGCUGCAUUAAUGCUUAAAAUGUAUGUAAUUUCUGUGCCUAGUCCUCUAUGCAAACUUUUUAUUAUUAAACAAAUAAGCAGUUA